AUGGGCGACUCCGGCACAGUGAAUCAGUCGGCGACAGAUGGGGCUAUCCCUGGAUCUGUACCUGUCCUCAUUGUGGGUGGGGGCCCAGUCGGCCUUUUGCAGGCGCUCCUGCUGUCUCGGCUUGGUGUUAGGUCUUUAAUUGUAGAACGCUACACGGAGCGUCUGGGAGCACCAAAAGCCCAUGUUAUUAACCCGCGAUCUUUGGAGAUCCUGCGACAAUAUGGGCUUGGAGAGAAGCGAAUUCACAGCUUGGGCACCAGCCGGGCUGAUGGGUACUGGGUCAAAUUUCAUGACCAAUCUGUCCGGUGA